CUUUAGUGACUCAAACCAUUUUCAUCAAGCAAAGAUAUGAUAGUAUUCAUUUACUAAUGAAUAUUCACUAAUAUGUGGAAUCAAAUAGGAGGUAUUUGAGUCCUCUUCAAGCUAAAUUUCCCUUGACUUAUAACGCAGGAAAGACUCCUCUGCUAAUUUCAUUUCCUUCUUCUUUAAAGAUUUUUGUUUCUCAUAUUCAAAAGUAAGGAUUUUUCGAGGCCUCCACUUGAGCAUACUAGAGCUCAAUUUCUUUAUGUUUUACUCUAUCUCUUAGAUUAGAGUGAACUUCUCUAUUCAAAUUCUUUAACAAUUUUUUUUCAAAAUUCUCAAUUUUCUACACUCUCCCAAUAGGAGAGCCCUCUACUUUAGAAGACUAAUCUUUUUUUACUAACUUUUGAAAUCGAGGAUGAGCAAACGAAAACUUAAAAAUUUGACAGGUUUAGAGAGAGCUUUUAUUGAGCUGAGCGUUUAAAGAAAUUGGAUAGUGAUUAGAAACUGAGGGGUCCAAGAGGUCAACCACACUAUUUGCUCAAGAUUUUAACCACUUCAAGUUAACUAAUAUUUUUUCCAGUCUUCCGACAAUGGGAUUACCAAACUGUUUAUCCAUCCAGUACGCCCUUUGAUAUGGGUGUAAUGUUAUAUGUUAUAUGAGGUUAGAUAUAAUUUAUAAAUGUAUGAACAAUAUAAAUUUUUUCAUAGAACUAAACCAAACUAAACCGAUAGACCAUUAACUCUCAACCCACUAUUCGCGGACCAACGGGCUAAAUGCCUAAAUCGGGCCGGCAACCUUGAUUUGCAGUCGACAGCCAGGAUAACUGGUCGCCGCAGUAAUUAGCUUUCUACUUCUCCGAGCAGUAAAAGGUUUUUUAAAAAAAAAAAAAUCAAGCGAACCCAAAAGACAGUGAAAAAACAAGCGCAGUGAGAUGAAUGAUGCGGCAAACGCAAAUCCAAACCUAAACCCCUCGUAAGCGGAAGGCCACCUCCGCACUCCUUUUCCUCUUCCUGCGAUCCUAAUCUCGCAGUCGCCUCCCCGCCCGCAAUCCAUUCUCUCCCUUAUGCGCACUGUCUCCCCGCAAAGCUAAAUAUCUGACUGCUCUUUUUCUUCUUCAGGUGAGUUUCAAUUACUGAUUAUCAUCGGUGUUAUGGGUCAGCCUUUUCUAGGCCUGUUAAUGCGCGAUGUGUUCGUCUUGCUCUGCUUCUGGGAUUGCUGUCAAGCAUCUUCUGAUCGAGAUUAUCGUCUGGGUUCAUCUCUCAACCAUCGAAUGUGUAAUGGGUUGUGGAAAGUUUUCAAAUUUGUUGUCUGAGUUAUCUGUUAGUGAUUUUAUGGGUUGAACUUUGGUGGGUGGUAGGUUCUAUCUAUAUCAGGGCUUUCCCGUUCGUUUCUGCUAAGUUGCAAUCCAUGCCUGUAGAUGUGAUGUUGGACAGUGAUGCAGAAGGGACUUUUUUUUUUGCUUGAUGUUUCGUUAGGAUGAAGAAGAACUUGCCCCUUGCAUACUUUUUAGAUGUUAAGUUCUUGUUGAUGGUGUCAGUUAUUGUUGCUGCUGCUGCUGCUUUCUAGGUUUGUGAUUUCAAUCGUAGUGAAUGUUUGUCUUAAGUUGUCAUCUGUGUAUUUGUCUGUUUGGCUUACAGGUAGGGGACUAUGGGGAAAAAGGUCAAGAAAAAGAGCCGUGCACCUCAGAAGGAGAAGAGGGUUGCUGGUCACUCUCUGAGUAAGGUACCUCAGCAAAGCAGUCUCAGCAUAAGUGAUGGCAAUGUUGCUGGUGAUGGCGUAGUAGUAGUUCGUAAAGAGCGAAAUCCGUGUGCACAUUUGGACAAGGGGUUUGAUCUGACCAAGUUCUCUGAUAAAAUUAGUGGUUCAGAUUCUAUAAGCUGUGAGGAUUGUCGGGAGGCUGUUGCUGAUAGAAGGGGCGGUAAGGGAAAGGGUAAGCAUGGGAAGAAGAAAGGAGCUGAUUCCAAGUCUGAUUCAAAGGCCAUUUGGGUCUGCUUAAAUUGUGGCCAUUAUGGAUGUGGAGGGGUUGGUUUGCCAACAAUCGCCCAAAGCCAUGCUGUUCGGCAUGCUAGACAGGCUGGUCACCCCUUGGUUAUCCAGUGGGAGAACUCUCAUCUUAGGUGGUGCUUCCAGUGCGAUAGUUUUAUUCCAGUUGAUAAAACAGAAGAUAGUGGUGAAAGUAAGGAUGUAUUUUCAGAUGCUGUAAAAGUAAUCAAGGCCCAUGUGUCCCAUCCGCCAACACUGCGGCAUGGUGAGGAUAUCUGGUUAGGAAGUGGCAGCAUCUUAAGUGAAGUAAAAGCUGAAGGCACCAUCUCCAAAACUUCAGAAGGUAAUGGUGGUUAUACUGUGAGGGGCUUGGUUAACCUGGGAAACACUUGCUUUUUCAAUUCAAUAAUGCAGAAUCUUCUAGCUAUGAAUAGGUUGAGGAGUUAUUUUGUCAGCGCAGAUUCUUCUUUUGGCCCUCUUUCUACUGCUUUGAGGAAGCUUUAUGAUGAAACUAGACAAGUGACAGGUGCGAAGAAUGUGAUUAAUCCGAGAUCCUUUUUUGGGUCUCUCUGUUGUAAGGCCCCUCAAUUCAGGGGAUAUCAACAGCAUGACAGUCAUGAAUUGUUGCGCUGCUUACUUGAUGGAUGGUCCACUGAAGAGUUGGCUGGAAGGAGACAAAUUAAUGCUUCUGAUCCAACUGGUGUUGCUCCAACAAAUAUUCCUACAUUUGUGGAUGCCACAUUUGGGGGACAGAUCUCUAGUACUGUAUGUUGCAUUGAGUGUGGACAUUCCUCAACCAUUUAUGAGCCAUAUUUAGACCUCUCGCUUCCAGUUCCGACUAAGAAGCCUCCAACUAAAAAGUUCCAGGCUGUCUCUCGAGCAAAAAAGACCAAGCUACCACCAAAGCGAGUUGGAAAAGCUAGGCAGAAAGUGAGCAAAGAUACAGCAGAUACAGUGCAGGGUGUAAGUGCUGCAACCUCUUCCACAAGCAUUGUAUUGGGGUGCCAACCACUAUUGAUAACAUCUAAUACAGAUAAUGUGGUGUCUUCCUCGGGUGAUACUACAGUGUCUGACUCAGCUGGUCAAACUUCUGACUGCUGUGAAACAGGCUUAGUCGCAGGAAAUUUUCUUGAGGUUCCGGUUUCUGUGGACAAGGAAGUUGUUGGAGCUGAGCUGGAAGGAUCAGCAGCUUCUGCUGAACCUUAUUCAUGGAUGGAUUUUAUAUCUUCCGAAACAUCAAACGAGAAUGACUUGAUCUCACAAGUCAAUGAGUUAUCAAUCAUUGAACUUUCAGCAGAUAAAGAUGUGGUUUCGAAUGGGAAGGAGGAGACUCCUCCAUUUGAUUUGGUUCACCAAACACCACCAUAUUCAGAGCCAAAAUCUGUCUCUAUAGAUCCUUGGGAAGAGGAAGUACCAUUGCAGGUACAGAGCUCUGAAGUUCUGUUGCUUCCUUACUAUGAAGAGGGUGCCAUAGGUGGGGAGGAUAUUAUUUCUGGAGAAGCUGGGGCUUCAUCUUCUUCAAUUGUGGGAUCUGGACAGGAUGAAGCAGCCUUUGAUGGUUUUGGUGAUUUAUUCAAUGAGCCAGAGGUUUUUAUUGGCCCAGUAGCAGGGCCUGUUCAUUUAAGCAAUGGAGUAGCGGGAGAAACUUGUCCUACUGCAGUUGGAAUUAGCAGUGAAUCGGAUCCUGAUGAAGUUGAUGAUUCUGAUUCUCCUGUAUCCGUGGAAAGUUGCCUGACCCAGUUUAUAAAGGCAGAGGUUCUCUGCAAUGAUAAUGCUUGGGAAUGUGAGAACUGUUCCGAAACUUUACACCUCCAGAACCUGGAGGCAAAGAAGAAACUGGGCAGAACUGUGUCAGGAGGAGAUCUAAAUGGAGGUGAUAGUCGGCGCUUAAAUUCAGACAUCUCAUGUUCUUCUGGAAGUGGAAUUGUGAAUGGAGAAGCCAUUGCUGCUGAUACACUUGUCAAUCCCAAAGAUGAAAACUUGGUUUCUAAUGGCGAAGAGAUUGAAUGCCUAAAUGAAAAUGUCAUGGUAGUUGCUGAAAACGGUCAAGUGGAUAUGCAGAAAUUGUUAGUUUCACCAAUUGCUGAACAAAGAUGUGACAUGGCAGCUGCUCCUCGCUCAGUGCUACCACCUUCUCCUGGUGGUGGAGAAGAACCAGCGAACGAAGAAGAUGCAAAUGGUAAUUCAUCUGUUAACACUUUCGGUAUUGAUGAUUCUGUUUCUACCAGUGCUGAAUAUGCUGCUGGUUCUGCUGGCAAUGAAGAGAACGGCUUGAAGUUGCCUAGAAAAGUUGAGUCAGAGGAUAGUGAAGGCAAAGAACAGAAAACCACAAAGAAAGCGAUUGUGAAGAGGGAUGCAACUAAAAGGGUCCUUAUUGACAAAGUACCACCUAUUUUAACUAUUCAUUUGAAGAGGUUUAGCCAAGACAUUCGUGGUCGUCUGAGUAAAUUAAGUGGGCAUGUCAGUUUCAGAGAUACACUUGAUCUUAGACCUUACAUGAAUCCCAGGUGUGAGAAAGAAGAUGAAGAGAAAACAAGUAGUGUCUACAGAUUGACAGGCGUGGUUGAGCAUAUGGGGACGAUGAGAGGAGGUCAUUACGUCGCAUACGUAAGAGGAAGGGAGAGGAGCAAGAAACAAGUAGGAGACGAAAAUGGUGGUGGUGGUGGGGAUGGUGAUUGGGUAUGGUAUUAUGCAAGCGAUGGCCAUGUGAAGGAGGUUUCGCUGGACGAAGUUCUUCGCUGUGAAGCAUACAUCUUGUUCUACGAGAGGGUUUGAGAAUUUAAUUCAUUUUUUUUUACCUUACAUACACACUUUUUUGAAAUGUUGCCGGGGGUACCGGCUCGAGAGCCAGCACUCGUACAGACAGUCACCCCCAAGGCCAGAUUGCAUUGUAUUCUGUUCGAUAUGAUAUGAUCUAAACGUUUGAUAUGAUACUGCCCUGAGCAAUCUGUUGUACACCCCCAAGUUGAAAUUGUUGGUAAUGGUAGGGCGAACAGAAUACAAGUAGUGAUGGCAA